CCUUCUCUUCCUCCUCGAACCUUCCUUCCUUCCUUCGUUUCUAACAAUUCCACUUUUUCUCGAACAAACCAAAUUAACAAAAAGUCUUUUGAAAAAAAAAAAGCUCAGAAGAAAGAAAGAAACCGUCAAAAGCCACCGUUGAGAUUUUUUUUCUCCAUUUGUCUCUCUCUAAAAAAUGGCGUCGUUCAAUGAAGCACCUCCCGGAAACCCCAAAGCCGGUGAAAAGAUCUUCAGAACCAAGUGCGCUCAGUGUCAUACCGUCGAGAAAGGCGCCGGUCACAAACAAGGUCCUAAUUUGAAUGGAUUGUUUGGAAGACAAUCAGGAACAACACCAGGGUAUUCAUACUCUGCUGCUAACAAAAGCAUGGCUGUGAAUUGGGAGGAGAAGACUCUUUACGAUUACUUGUUGAAUCCCAAGAAGUACAUUCCUGGAACGAAAAUGGUGUUCCCUGGACUGAAAAAGCCGCAAGAUCGUGCCGAUCUCAUUGCUUACUUGAAGGAAGGUACCGCAUAAGGCAGGCUCGUCUGGGAUAUAUGAAGCAUCAGCUUAUUCCUCCAGUGCAUUUUUUUUUCUCACAGAUAAAUAAAUCAGACCAAAAAAAUUUGUGGUCUUGAACUGGGUUUUUGUGUAUGGUCUCUUUUUUUGUUUGUUUUCUUUUUACUUUGUUGAUGAGGCGAGCUGUGCCUUUUAUAAAGUUGAAAUAUUCUUCGUUAUGAUGUGAAGAACCAACCAAUUCCCACCACGAAAAUUUAUGAGAUUCUUUUUUCAUUCACA